CAUGUGACAUGAAUGUGCAUGCCCGCUGCAAGGAGAAUGUGCCGAGCUUGUGCGGUUGCGAUCACACCGAACGUCGUGGACGCAUCAAUUUGGAAUUGAAUGUGAAGGAGAAUUUGCUGACGGUGCAAAUCAAAGAAGGCCGUAAUCUCAUUCCAAUGGACCCGAAUGGUCUUAGUGAUCCCUAUGUUAAGGUCAAACUAAUUCCAGAUGAGCAUGAAAAGUCCAAGAAGAAGACGCGCACCAUCAAGGCUUGUCUAAAUCCUGUGUGGAAUGAGACCAUCAAAUAUGAUCUCAAGCCAGAAGACAAAGAUCGGCGUGUACUUAUCGAGGUCUGGGAUUGGGACCGCACAUCGCGCAAUGAUUUUAUGGGCGCUUUGUCAUUCGGUAUAUCCGAAAUUAUUAAGAACCCCGCGGAUGGCUGGUUCAAAUUGCUCACACAAGAGGAGGGCGAAUACUACAAUGUGCCAUGCGCCGAUGCCACACAGGAUCUACUUAAACUCAAAAGUCAAAUGCGGAAAUCAUCACAAAAGAAACCACUGGUGAUGCGUAGCGAUACAAAUACACAGACACAAUCUAAAAAGGAUAUGAUACGUGCUACCGAUUUCAAUUUCAUAAAAGUGCUGGGAAAAGGUUCAUUCGGCAAGGUCAUGUUGGCCGAACGCAAGGGCACCGAAGAUCUCUUCGCCAUUAAAAUACUCAAAAAGGACGUCAUCAUACAGGACGACGAUGUCGAGUGUACAAUGAUUGAGAAACGUGUUUUGGCUUUGGGCGAAAAGCCGCCAUUCCUAGUACAGCUGCACUCAUGCUUCCAAACGUUAGAUCGUCUCUUCUUUGUCAUGGAGUACGUCAAUGGUGGCGAUUUGAUGUUUCAAAUACAACAAUUCGGCAAAUUCAAGGAGCCGGUAGCUGUCUUUUACGCAGCCGAAAUAGCCGCCGGCCUCUUCUUUCUACACAGUAAAGGCAUUUUGUAUCGGGAUUUGAAAUUGGACAAUGUUCUCUUGGAUGCCGAUGGUCAUGUUAAAAUUGCCGACUUCGGCAUGUGUAAGGAGAAUAUUAUUGGUGAUAAGACAACAAAGACAUUCUGCGGCACACCCGACUACAUAGCACCCGAGAUCAUUCUAUAUCAACCCUACGGCAAAUCGGUAGACUGGUGGGCUUAUGGUGUCUUGCUCUACGAAAUGCUCGUCGGCCAGCCGCCGUUCGAUGGUGAGGAUGAAGAAGAGUUGUUUGCUGCCAUUACCGAUCACAAUGCCUCCUAUCCGAAGAGUUUGAGCAAGGAGGCCAAAGAGGCGUGCAAAGGGUUCCUCACCAAGCAACCGAAUAAACGCCUCGGUUGUGGACCCACCGGCGAAGCGGAUGUGCGUAUACAUCCGUUCUUCCGACGAAUCGAUUGGGAGAAAAUCGAGAAUCGUGAAGUGCAACCGCCAUUUAAGCCGAAAAUUAAACAUCGCAAAGAUGUCUCGAAUUUCGAUAAGCAAUUCACUUCGGAGAAAACGGAUCUGACACCAACGGAUAAAGUAUUUAUGAUGAAUUUGGAUCAAACGGAAUUUAGGGGCUUCUCCUACGUGAAUCCGGACUAUGCGGUGCCCCUUUAAAGGCACGGAAACUCCACAGACAAACACACACACACCCAAAAGCACUGCGUUCGGACAGCGUGCGUAGAAAGUGAAAGGACACAACCCCGGAAAGAAAAGCGAAAGCUAGGGAGAGAGCGGUAUAAAGCGUAUACGAG